UUAAGGGAAUGAAGAAGAUGAGCUUUGAUCGUGUUCUUUAACCAGAUCUAAAAUAGCAAACUAUUUAAAUCGAGUGUAGUGAAGAAGGUAUUUGCUGAUGCAAGACUAGCUGUCUCGUACUCUCUCUAUAAGGAAGUUCCCCCACGUGUCUUGUGUUCGCUGUGCUUUUAAUACAUCAAGUGUUCGUGUCAACUUUAUUCUGUAACAAUCACAGUUCGAUGGGAUCCCCAAUGACCUGUUAAUUUUGUCUGUUUUGCAGAGUUCCUUUGAAGUUGUGGGUUGAACCGAAUGACAUUUGCAUCAACAUGACAUUCAAGCUUGUGUUGCUGAGGCAUGGGGAGAGCGCUUGGAAUAAGGAAAACCGGUUCUGCAGUUGGGUCGACCAGAAGCUGACGGAGAACGGUAUAAAAGAAGCUCAGACCUGCGGAAACGUUCUGAAAGCGGCUGGAUUUGAAUUCGACCUUGUGCUUACGUCCAUUUUGAGUCGAUCGAUCCAAACCGCGUGGUUGGUGUUGCACGAGAUGGGGCAAGAAUGGGUGCCGAUCGAAAGCUCAUGGCGACUCAACGAGCGCCAUUACGGCGCGUUGAUAGGUCUCAACCGGGCAGAGUUGGCUGCUCUUCACGGAGAAGAAAAGGUAAAAGUUUGGAGGAGAAGCUAUGACGUCACCCCUCCUCCCAUAGACGAGUCGCACGCAAACUACAAGGAGAUUUACACUGACCGGAGGUACAACUUCUGCGAUGUUCCGAAGGACAAGCUACCCAAAACCGAAAGUCUGAAGGAGGUUCUUGAUAGACUGCUGCCGUAUUGGAACGAGGUUGUUGCUCCAGAGGUGAAGAAGGGGAAAACCAUUCUGAUAUCUGCUCACGGAAACAGCACCAGGGCUCUGCUCAAGCACCUGGAAGGGAUCCCAGAUGAUGAGAUCAUUAACUUGACCCUUCCCACUGGAAUCCCAGUUCUCCUGGAGCUGGACGAAUGCCUACGUCCAGUUAAACACCACGAACUUCUGGGUGACCCACAGACCAUUCAGGCAGCUAUCAAAAAGGUGGAGGAUCAGGGCAAAGCUAAGGGGACACCUGUCCCUGCCAAUUAACCCUUGGAGGAGAGAUGCUAUUUAAAUCCAAUGCAACCUCAAUACAGCGCCCCAUUAGAUUGUGAUUUUGGAUACACCAUGGGUAUUAUCCUUUCUCUCAAGACAGGAACUAGUUUCACCCGUACAUUGCUUGUGGUAGCAACGUUAUGUUGGUGCUUUUUUGCUGCACUGUGAGAAUAUCCUAGCACUGAUGAAUUAUGUUGGCUUUAUUUGUCGUCUUGUGCCAAAUUAUUUAUUUAGCUAAAAGUAAUCUCUUCAUAUAUAGUUGCAGUAUUGUGUUGAAAGGCUUCUAAUUACGGGGCAAAAGUAAGGGUGUCAAUGACUGAAGUUAUAGUGAAUGUCUGCUGAGCUCUUAUUAUUAAUUGGAAUACAAAAGCACCCUCUUUGGACUCUGACCUCUGUCUCUCUGUCUGUCUCUCUGUCUGUCUGUCUCUCUGUCUGUCUGUCUGUCUCCCUGUCUGUCUCUCUGUCUGUCUCUCUGUCUCUGUCUCUGUCUCUGUCUCUGUCUCUCUCCCUCUCUCUCUCCCUCUCCCUCCCCCUCUCCCUUCCCCUCACCGCCUCUCCGCCUCUCCCCCUCUCCCUCUCCAGUAUUAGUGUGGGUUUUAUUUGGCACUUCUUCGAAUGAGAUGGACAAUUGGUGACAAAUGAGUGUAAUGUGUUAUUAGACCCGGGUGCCCCCUUGGCAGAAACCUGCCCAAACAGAGGAAGUUUCACUGGACAUUUCCUUCCCCUUCCUUUCCGCUGCUCGCUGUCCAGAUGAUUUUGACUGCGUAUAAUUGCAGUUGUGUGGACGCUCCUGUGAGCUGAUGCAAGAUCAGCCAGCUCCUGGAUGAGGUAAUGAAGGAUGACUUGCGUGUUGAGCUGUAGUCCAGGGUUGAUGCUAACCAUUUCUCAGCACCAGAUGCCCAACUGAAUAAGAUUCUGCUGUAAAUAAUGAUAACCAUUUUUGCUAUCUACAAUACCACCCACUUUAGUGUCAUUUCUCUGUGACCGCAUGGGUUUGCUCCGGGUGCUCUGGUUUCCUCCCACAUCCCAAAGACGUGCAGGUUUUGUAGGUUAAAUGGCCUCUGUAAAUUGCCCCUAAUGUGUAACAUAGUGUGGACGUGUGGUCGAUGGGGGGCGUGGACUCAGUGUACAAUCUCCAAACAUUGCUAUUUAACGUUGUUCUGCAUGAAGUAUCCAUGUCAUGUCUGUUAAAUAAAAUUAAAUCUUUGAACAA